AGAGGGAGAGUCAAAGAGGGAGAGUCAGAGAGGCAGAGACAGAGAGGCUGAGACAGAGAGGCAGAGAGGCAGAGACAGAGAGGAGAGUAAAAGGGAGAGCAAGAGGCUGAGACAGAGAGGAAGAGAAGAGAGGCAGAGACAGAGA